AGGUGGAGAAUAGUAGUACAUGGUGGAAUAGAUGGCUAUUCCAGAGUACCAGUUUACCUCAAAGCCUCAAGUAACAAUAGAGCAGACACUGUUUUGGCUCUUUUUCGCAAUGCAGUUGCAGAGUUUGGCCUGCCAUCACGUGUGAGAUCAGACAAGGGUGGUGAAAAUGUUGAUGUUUCGACAUACAUGCUAAGUCAUGUUCAGCGAGGACCAGGAAGGGGUAGCAUGUUAACAGGUACUUUCCCGUGGGGUUGUUUUUCUAACAAAGUAUUUCUACUUUGAUUUCAUAACACUAGGGUAUAAUAACAAGUACCUUUUUUAUUCUGUUUGUGAACCUGUAGGUAAAAGUACUCACAACCAACGAAUUGAGCGACUUUGGCGGGAUGUGUUUGCAGGAUGUCUCUCCCUGUUUUAUGACCUUUUUUAUGACUUGGAAAGACAGAAUAUCUUACACCCAGACAAUGAGGGCCAUUUAUGGUGUUUGCAUUAUGUUUUCUUGCCCAUAAUUAACAAACACCUGACUAACCGGAAAAAUGCUUGGGUCUAUCAUCCAAUGAGGACAGAGAGAAAUAAGUCUCCUAUGCAACUAUGGAUCAGAGGCUUGCAGGAAGCAUGGGGGUCACAGUCCUUGGAAGAUGAGGUUUUUCAG